GUAAGACAGGUGAGAGCGGAUCUUGACAGGCUUGUGACCAAUGGCGGCUGAUGGGUGUCUGCUGAGAAUAAUGGGAGAUGUUUUGUUUGGAUGGAGAUGUUUUGGUCUAUUUCUGGUUGUGAUAACAGGUCUUGCUCAAGGCAAUUCAGUGGAGAGAAAGAUCUACAUAUCGCUGAACAGCACAAGCCCGUGUGUCCGACUUCUAAAUGCUACCCAUCAAAUUGGCUGUCAAUCUUCCAGAAAUGGCGAUACUGGUGUGAUCCAUCUGGUAGAGAAGGAGGAGGAUCUUCAGUGGGUGCUUGAGACAGGUCCCAAUCCACCUUACAUGGUAGUUCUUGAAGGUGACUUGUUUAAUAGGGAAACUUUGAACAAGUUGAGAGGGAGCCCACGUCUCUCUGGAAUAGUGGUUACAUUUGCACAACCCAAUCCGUCUGAUGGCUUCUCCCCAGAUCUUCCAUGCCCAAAUGAUGGAUUUGGGGUCUAUAACAAUGAUCAUGGCGCACAGUAUGCGCACUGCAACGGCACCAUGUGGAACCCACUGGGAAGCGGGAUUUCAUAUGAAGACAUUGAGUUUCCCAUCUUUCUGCUCUAUGAUAGCAAUGAAACUGAAGUAAUCAAGCAGUGUUACAGAGAUCACAACCUUCCUGUAAAUGAUAGUAUCCCGCAGUACCCCCUGUGCGCCAUGCAACUCUUCUCCCACAUGCAUGCCGUUACCAGUACAGUUACCUGCAUGAGGAGAAACUCCUUACAAACAUCAUUCGCUAUUAACCCUGAAGUUGUGUGUGAUUUUCUUUCGGGUUUCAACGUGUGGAGUGCUGUAAAACCAGUCAAUAACUCUGAUAAACUAGCUCCUGACGAACAGGUCGUUGUGUCUGCUGCAAGGCUGGAUAGUCGCUCCUUUUUUUGGAACAAGGCUCCUGGAGCAGACAGUGCUGUGUCUGGGUUUGUCACUCAGCUGGCUGCGGCUGAAGUUCUUAACAGACUACCGGACAUCCAGUCCUUGCCGAGGAAUAUUGUGUUUAUGUUUUUUCAAGGGGAAGCUUUUGAUUACAUUGGCAGCUCGCGGAUGGUGUAUGACAUGGAAAAGGGCAGGUUUCCAAUCAACCUGGGCAACAUUCAUUCAUAUGUGGAGCUUAGCCAGGUGGCAAUAAGGAACAACUCUACGCUUUGGGUUCACACUGACCCUGUCUCUAGAAAUAACGAGUCUGUGAACACAGGAGUGCAGCAGUUAAUUGAUGUCCUAUUAAAUGCCAGCACCGGAUCCAAUGUCAGCAUUCAAGAGGUCGACCAGUCACAGCCUCUCCCACCAGCUUCUUUUCAGCGUUUCCUUCGUGCUCGAAAUAUCCCUGGGGUGGUUCUCACUGACCAUAAAACUUCAUUCAGUAACAGGUACUAUCAAAGUGUGUAUGACACAUCUGAGAAUCUUAUGAUAAAAUACCCUGAGAUGUCCGAAGAAGAAGCUCUGGAGUAUAUCACUGACACAGCACGGUCCCUUGCAGAUGUAGCUACUGUACUUGCCACUGCCCUAUACAAACAAGCGGGAGGAAAUGAGACAUUGGAGAUCAAGGCUGACCCUAAAACCGUUACCCGCAUGCUCUAUGGGUUUUUGUUGAACACCAACAACAGCUGGUUCCAAUCACUCAUUAAAGCUGACUGGAGAAAAAGUCUAGAGGAUAAACAAUUUUCAUAUUACGUGACUGCCACUUUAUUUGGUAAUAAAGCAUCGCCAAACUCCCCCACUCAAAUUGUGCUGUCUGUUUUGGCAAACCUUACUGGAACUAUGGUCAACUUUACACAAGAGCAGUGUCAAAAUCCAGACAAGGCAACGGACGCCCAAAAAGAGCUAUAUGAUUACUUCUGGGUUCAGGGCCCUUUAGACAGUAACACCACAACCAGGGUCCCAUUCUGUGUGAGAAGCACAGUCCGCAGCCACCUUGCUGAGUCCCCUGCCUCUGAACUGGAAGACUGGGCUUCUACAGAAUACUCUACCUGGACUGAGAGCCGCUGGAAGCAGACAAAAGCACGCAUAUUCCUGCUACCCAGUCACCAAUUAGAAGUGAUGACAUUGCUUGUCGGCAUUACUGUCCUCCUGGUUUCUCUGGUUGCCACAUUCUUUAUUAAUGCCAAGGCCGACAUCCUUUUCUCUAGCGCUCAAGAUGGUGAAGUUGCCUAUUAAGGUUUUUGGCUUUGCAUAUUUGUGGUGAGCCAAAAAUUGCUACUUGCAUUAAACUGUGUCUGAUGAAAAUGCCACACUGGAUGGACUUUUAUACUAAUGGAGUAAACCGUGUUUACAUAUGCGUGAGGGAAUAUUCUCCGUGUUCUGAAAACGAACAUUCAACUCUGUAAGGACGCCAAAGCAUAAGGUCUCCCCGUCCAGCACCUUUUGGAUAAAAAAAAAAUGUCCUUUUAAGUGGACCUAUUAAGGGGUUUUGUUUUAUUUUGCAAACCAAGAACCAUACCUCCAGUAUCAUACCAUCCAUAUUUAUUCACACAUUCUGCUUCAUUCUUUUUUGAAUGGUGAUUCUUUUUUUUUUUUUUCCCCCACGUUGGACAAAUAUUUGUAGUGGAAAAUAAAAUGUAAGAUACUUUCCUGCUUCUUAAAUUACCGUCUUUGGGCGUAAGCCGCAGAAUUAACAAAUAUAUGAAGAUAUCGCAAAUUCCAUAAAAAAAAAAUUUGAGCUUUAUUUUUAAAAUAUUUUACUUGAAGUGAAUUAUAUAUAAUGGGGCAUAACGAAUGUUUAAUUUAAAUGCAAAAUCUGUUUGAUAUAAAAAUGUCAUUUUCCCUUGCAACCUCAAGAACUAUGGAUCUAUUCUGCUGCUAUUUGCAGUAAACUACUACCGCCUUGUGUCAUGUUACUUCUACCGUCCCCUUAUCUGUAUUUUUGCACUAUUUUGCUGUGGUUUUUUUUUCUAAUUGUGCUAACUUUGUACACCUAAAAAAAUUCACAUGUAAAACAGGCCACACAUUGCUUUCAUUUUCUCAAAUAUUUAUUUUUUUGUGUGUAAACAUGAAACAUUAAAAUCAUUCCAUGACAAACAAGGGUGUAAUUACGUUACCUGUUAUUGAAUAUGCAAUGUCAUGACCUUACAGGUCAAGUGCAUCAAAGGAGUUUCAAUUUCCCAGACUCAUAUUGUAUGCUUAAAGAAACAUUAAAAAUAGUAGUAUUGCAUAAUCAUCUAACGAAUUAUAAAAAUGCAAUGUAAUGGCACUUUCAAAUGAGCAGUAGAUUUUUUUCAGAAAUGUUUCAAAGUUAGGUAAAUUUUCCUGUAUCAUGUGACAGCCAUCAGCCAAUUACAGAAUUUACAUGCAUAUAUACUGUGAUUGCUUGCACAUGCUCAGUAGGUGCCUCCAAAAUGUGUGCAAAUAAAAAGAUUGAGCACAUUUUGAUAAUGGAAGUGAAUUGGAUUUUUUUUUAAUUGCUUGCUGUAUCUGAAUCAUAAAAGUUUAAUUUUGACUUUAGUGUUCUUUUCAAGCAGCACUGUACUCAAAAAUGUUCUGUAUUGCAUAUAAAUGAGCAGCAUUUACACACAUCAAAAUAUUUUUUUACCUGAAAAAAAUGUUAAAGGGAAACUCAAGUCAAAAUUAAACUUUCAUGAUUCAAAUACAGCAUGCCAUUAUAAUCAACUCUUGAAUUUACUUCCAUUAACAAAAUGUGCACAUUUUGUUAAUAUUUACACUUUGUUUUUCAGUCACCAGCUCCUACUGAGCAUGUGCAAGAAUUCACAGAAUAUACAUAUAUGCAUUUGUGAUUGGCUGAUGGCUGUCACAUGAUACAGGAGGAGUGGAAAUAGACAUAACUUUGAAACUUGUUGCAAAAAAAUCUACUACUCCUUUUUAGUUCAGAUAAAUUGCAAUUGCAUUGUCUUUUUAUCAUGCAUUUGUUGAUUAUGCAAAUCUACUGUAUUUACUGGUCCUUUAAGUAAAAUCUGUUUAUUUGUAAAUUAAAACUAAUGUACUGCAGUAUUAGCUUUGCACGAAAUACUAAACCUCAUUGGCUGAUAAGAACAACUGACACAUUUUUAAUGGUGGAGGGGAUGCGCCUCUACAAGUAUGACGUGAAAAUGUUGGGUUUAUUUAACCCUUUCGUGACAGGGUUAAAGUGCCUACAUCGGAACAACUGUUCCGAUGUAGACAAAUUGAAACUACGCGAUCGUGCAUACGAUCGCGAGAUUUCAAUUAUUGGAUCGCAUCUGGGGGGCGUCCCUACAAUCCUAGGAACGCCCUCCAGACCGCGAUUAAAUCCCUGAAGCACAGAAGGCUUCAGGACAGCCGUUAGUUAUGACGUUCCAUUCCGUCAUAACGGCUUUAAAGCCCAGUCUAAUUAUGACGGAAUGGAACGGCAUAACGGCUUUAAAAGGUUAAUACAGUAACUUUGUUUUUGAAAAAUUAUAAAAUCAUUAAGAGAUGCCCUCUCUUAGCUUAUGUAAACAAAAACAUUAAACACAAUUUUUUAAGUACAUUAUGGUACAUUUUUUUCAAGUUGAAAGGUUAUCAACAUAUUAUUUUUGUUUAAUUAUUUUAUUACCAACUUUUCGGCUAUAGCAGAAUCUUUGUUAGAAAAUAUUUCUCUUAUUUUAGCUUAUCUCUUCAUCCGCCAGUCCACAUUGUGUGAUUUGUGCAUUUCUGAGCUUCUGCACUUGUUCAGGCUACUUACACUUUUUAAAAAUUCCAGGAAGUGCUGGGACUAAUCUUUGUAACUUUAAAAAUAGCUGGACCUGUGGUAUAUAACGGUACCAGAAGAAUGCAGGUAUAUAUUGUAUACUACUGCACAAAUUAAUCUUUAAAAAAGAAAUUAGAUUGAAAAACGGUUGUUUCUCUAUGAUUUUCACCAUAUUUUUCCUUCUUGAUUUUGACAAUUUUUAAAAUGAUGUCUUAUAGCUGAAUUUUAUUUUGAUGUGACAUAUCCUGGAUUUACCUGGAAACGUUACUUUUUUGCAAUUGGGGGGGGGUGGAAUGAAUGCUCACACUAAACUAUUUUUUUAACUGUGCAAUGAUAAUGUUUGUGUGUAUAUAUAGAUAUAAAUACCUUGGUCCAA